GGGCCUCUUCGUAAAGCCUCAAUUGAAAGCCUUAAAAUAACUAAGCAUGAAGCAAGGUGGGGCCUUCAGAUCUUGGACUUAUCAAAUGUCCUCCCCACUGGCGAGUGACUGUGAAAUUGGACUGUGAUUGAGCAGUGAUCCCCAUGGCAACCUCAAAUGCCAGCAGCGCACUGUCCUCCACAUUCUAUCUCACAGGUAUCCCUGGCUAUGAAGAAUUUCACCACUGGAUCUCCAUCCCCUUCUGUCUCCUCUACCUUGUUGGAGUGAUGGGCAACUGCGGCAUCCUGCACAUUGUGCGGACAGACCCCAGGCUGCACGAGCCCAUGUACUACUUCCUGGCCAUGCUGUCUCUCACUGAUGUGGGCAUGUCCCUGUCCCCGGUGAUAACACUUUUCAGGGUGCUGUGGUCCAUUUCUAGGGAGAUCCAGUUCAAUGUCUGUGUGGUCCAAAUGUUUCUGAUUCACACUUUCUCCUUCACUGAAUCAUCUGUGCUCUUGGCCAUGGCCCUGGACCGAUAUGUAGCUAUCUGCCACCCACUGCGAUAUGCUACCAUUUUCACCCCAACACUGAUUGCCAAGAUUGGGAUUGCAGCCCUGCUCAGGAGCGCUAUUGCACUCAUCCCAAUUUUGGCUCGUCUGGCUUUCUUCACCUUUUGCCAUUCCCAUGUCCUUUCUCAUUCCUAUUGUCUGCACCAGGACAUGAUCCGUCUUGCCUGUGCUGACACAAAAUUUAAUGUUAUAUAUGGUUUGAUUUUGAUUUUUGUGCUAUGGGGCCUGGAUUCUCUGGGCAUUUUAGUGUCUUAUGCUUUCAUCCUUCAUGCCGUGUUAAAAAUUGCGUCCCGCGAGGGGAGACUAAAGGCGCUCAACACCUGUGCCUCCCACAUCUGUGCUGUGCUCAUUCUGUAUGUGCCUAUGAUAGGCUUGUCUAUUGUGCAUCGUUUUGCCAAGCAUUCCUCUCCCCUCAUCCACGUUUUCAUGGCUCAUAUCUACUUAAUGGUUCCACCAGUGCUCAACCCAGUCAUCUACAGUGUGAAAACCGAGCAGAUCCGCCAAGGGCUCCUCCACCUACUGCUUCACUCCAAAAUUAGUUCUGUUGUAGUAUAAGCAUGUCCUCAGGAUAAUAAUAAUUAUCUCAUUACUAUU